GAGUUAAGCAACUCGUUCAAGCAAUUACUCAACUCAGGCAUGGAACAGCUCGUAGCAACCGUAACACCAAGAAUCCGUCCGGUUCUAGACACCGUAGCUACCAUAAGCUACGAGUUAACAGAAACUGAGUACGCAGAGAACGAGGUGAAUGACCCGUGGGUGCAAAGACUUCUCCACUCGGUCGAAACAAACGCCGCUUGGCUCCAACCACUGAUGACAUCCAACAACUACGACUCGUUUCUGCAUCUCAUAAUCGAUUUCAUAGUCAAGAGACUCGAAGUCAUAAUGAUGCAAAAACGGUUUAGCCAACUUGGCGGGCUUCAGCUUGACAGAGACACAAGGGCUUUGGUUAGUCAUUUCUCGGGCAUGACUCAGAGAACAGUGAGAGAUAAGUUUGCUCGAUUAACUCAGAUGGCGACGAUACUGAACUUGGAAAAGGUAUCAGAGAUUUUGGACUUUUGGGGAGAGAACUCAGGACCCAUGACUUGGAGACUCACACCA